AUGGGGCGCAACGGGGUUGUUGUGUUGGACUGGCAAACUACUGGGUUUAUAUGGGUCAAGGGCGUGACUCUUUUCUUUGACACUGUCCAUUCUAUCUGGGUUACCCUAUGCCCCAUGAAACUCCAAACCCAUGAAUACGCUCGCCAUGCGAAGAUGGCCGAGUAA